CCGCCGCGCCCGCGGGGCGACACCCCCCACUCCAUCAUCCCAGAGGUGGUGCGGCCGAGCCCCGGACCCAAUUGGCGGAAGCGGGGCCGGUUGUGUGCGCGCGCACAAAUGCCCGGAUGCGCCGCGACGACCCGCGCGCUCCCCUCGGGCGGUAGGGGGCGCGCACCGAGGCACCGCGGCGAGCUUGGCUGCUUCUGGGGCCUGUGUGGCCCUGUGUGUUGGGAAGAUGGAGCAAGAAUCCGAGCCCGAGGGGCGGCCGCGACCCCUCUGACCGAGAUCCUGCUGCUUUCGCAGCCAGGAGCACCGUCCCUCCCCGGAUUAGUGCGUACGAGCGCCCAGUGCCCUGGCCCGGAGAGUGGAAUGGUCCCCGAGGCCCAGGGCGUCGUGCUUCCGCGCGCCCCGUGAAGGAAACUGGGGAGUCUUGAGGGACCCCCGACUCCAAGUGCGAAAACCCCGGAUGGUGAGGAGCAGGCAAAUGUGCAAUACCAACAUGUCUGUACCUACUGAUGGUGCUGUAACCACCUCACAGAUUCCAGCUUCGGAACAAGAGACCCUGGUUAGACCAAAGCCAUUGCUUUUGAAGUUAUUAAAGUCUGUUGGUGCACAAAAAGACACUUAUACUAUGAAAGAGAGUUGGAGUUUCACUAUGUUGCCCAGGCUGGUCUGGAACUCCUGGGCUCAAGGGAUCUGCUUACCUCGGCCUCCUAAAGUGCUAGAUUUACAGGUUCUUUUUUAUCUUGGCCAGUAUAUUAUGACUAAACGAUUAUAUGAUGAGAAGCAACAACAUAUUGUAUAUUGUUCAAAUGAUCUUCUAGGAGAUUUGUUUGGCGUGCCAAGCUUCUCUGUGAAAGAGCACAGGAAAAUAUAUACCAUGAUCUACAGGAACUUGGUAGUAGUCAAUCAGCAGGAAUCAUCGGACUCAGGUACAUCUGUGAGUGAGAACAGGUGUCACCUUGAAGGUGGGAGUGAUCAAAAGGACCUUGUACAAGAGCUUCAGGAAGAGAAACCUUCAUCUUCACAUUUGGUUUCUAGACCAUCUACCUCAUCUAGAAGGAGAGCAAUUAGUGAGACAGAAGAAAAUUCAGAUGAAUUAUCUGGUGAACGACAAAGAAAACGCCACAAAUCUGAUAGUAUUUCCCUUUCCUUUGAUGAAAGCCUGGCUCUGUGUGUAAUAAGGGAGAUAUGUUGUGAAAGAAGCAGUAGCAGUGAAUCUACAGGGACGCCAUCGAAUCCGGAUCUUGAUGCUGGUGUAAGUGAACAUUCAGGUGAUUGGUUGGAUCAGGAUUCAGUUUCAGAUCAGUUUAGUGUAGAAUUUGAAGUUGAAUCUCUCGACUCAGAAGAUUAUAGCCUUAGUGAAGAAGGACAAGAACUCUCAGAUGAAGAUGAUGAGGUAUAUCGAGUUACUGUGUAUCAGGCAGGGGAGAGUGAUACAGAUUCAUUUGAAGAAGAUCCUGAAAUUUCCUUAGCUGACUAUUGGAAAUGCACUUCAUGCAAUGAAAUGAAUCCCCCCCUUCCAUCACAUUGCAACAGAUGUUGGGCCCUUCGUGAGAAUUGGCUUCCUGAAGAUAAAGGGAAAGAUAAAGGGGAAAUCUCUGAGAAAGCCAAACUGGAAAACUCAACACAAGCUGAAGAGGGCUUUGAUGUUCCUGAUUGUAAAAAAACUAUAGUGAAUGAUUCCAGAGAGUCAUGUGUUGAGGAAAAUGAUGAUAAAAUUACACAAGCUUCACAAUCACAAGAAAGUGAGGACUAUUCUCAGCCAUCAACUUCUAGUAGCAUUAUUUAUAGCUGCCAAGAAGAUGUGAAAGAGUUUGAAAGGGAAGAAACCCAAGACAAAGAAGAGAGUAUGGAAUCUAGUUUGCCCCUUAAUGCCAUUGAACCUUGUGUGAUUUGUCAAGGUCGACCUAAAAAUGGUUGCAUUGUCCAUGGCAAAACAGGACAUCUUAUGGCCUGCUUUACAUGUGCAAAGAAGCUAAAGAAAAGGAAUAAGCCCUGCCCAGUAUGUAGACAACCAAUUCAAAUGAUUGUGCUAACUUAUUUCCCCUAGUUGACCUGUCUAUAAGAGAAUUAUAUAUUUCUAACUAUAUAACCCUAGGAAUUUAGACAACCUGAAAUUUAUUCACAUAUAUCAAAGUGAGAAAAUGCCUCAAUUCACAUAGAUUUCUUCUCUUUAGUAUAAUUGACCUACUUUGGUAGUGGAAUAGUGAAUACUUACUAUAAUUUGACUUGAAUAUGUAGCUCAUCCUUUACACCAACUCCUAAUUUUAAAUAAUUUCUACUCUGUCUUAAAUGAGAAGUACUUGUUUUUUCUUUUUUCUUAAAUAUGUAUAUGACAUUUAAAUGUAACUUAUUAUUUUUUUUGAGACCGAGUCUUGCUCUGUCACCCAGGCUGGAGUGCAGUGGCGUGAUCUUGGCUCACUGCAAGCUCUGCCUCCCGGGUUCGCACCAUUCUCCUGCCUCAGCCUCCCAAGUAGCUUGGCCUACAGUCAUCUGCCACCACACCUGGCUAAUUUUUUGUACUUUUAGUAGAGACAGGGUUUCACCGUGUUAGCCAGGAUGGUCUCGAUCUCCUGACCUCGUGAUCCGCCCACCUCGGCCUCCCAAAGUGCUGGGAUUACAGGCAUGAGCCACUGCGUCCGGCCUAAAUGUCACUUAGUACCUUUGAUAUAAAGAGAAAAUGUGUGAAAGAUUUAGUUUUUUGUUUUUUUGUUUGUUUGUUUGUUUGUUUUGAGAUGAGUCUCUCUGUUGCCCAGGCUGGAGUGCAGUGUCAUGAUCUAGCAGUCUCUGCUUCCCGGGUUCAAGCCAUUCUCCUGGCUCAGCCUCUGGAGCAGCUGGGAUUACAGGCAUGCACCACCAUGCCCAGCUAAUUUUUGUAUUUUUAGUAGAGAUAGGGUUUCACCAUGUUGGCCAGGCUGGUCACGAACUCCUGACCUCAAGUGAGGUCACCCGCCUUGGCCUCCCGAAGUGCUGGGAUUGCAGAUGUGAGCCACCAUGUCCAGCCAAGAAUUAGUAUUUAAAUUUUAGAUACUUUUUUUUUUUUUUUUUUUUUUUUGAGACAGAGUCUUGCUCCAUCACCCAUGCUAGAGUGCAGUGGAGUGAUCUCGGCUCACUGCAACUUGCACCUUCUGGGUUCAAGCUAUUCUCCUGCCUCAGCCUUCCAAGUAACUGGGGUUACAGGCAUGUACCACCAUACCAGCUGAUUUUUUUAUAUUUUUAGUAAAGACAGGGUUUCACCAUGUUAGCCAGGCUGAUCUUGAACUCCUAAACUCAAGUGAUCUACUCACCUCAGCCUCCCAAAAUGCUGGGAUUACAGAUGUGAGGCACCUGGCCUCAGAUUUUUGAUACUCUUAAACCUUCUGAUCCUUAGUUUCUCUCUCCAAAAUACUCUUUCUAGGUUAAAAAAAAAAAAAAAGGCUCUUAUAUUUGGUGCUAUGUAAGUGAAAAUGUUUUUUAGGUUUUCUUGAUUUAACAAUAGAGACAGGGUCUCCCUGUGUUGCCCAGGCUGGUCUCGAACUCCUGGGCUCAAGAGAUCCUCCUGUCUUGGCCUCGCAAAGUGCUAAGUAGGAUUACAGGCGUGAGCCACCACACCCGGCUGUAAAAAUGUACUUAUUCUCCAGCCUCUUUUGAAUAAACCAUAGUAAGGGAUGGGAGUAAUGAUGUUAUCUGUGAAAAUAGCCACCAUUUACCUGUAAGACAAAACUUGUUAAAGCCUCCUGAGUCUAACCUAGUACAUCAGGCCCUUUUUCACACACAAAAAAAUCCUUUAUGGGAUUUAAUGGAAUCUGUUGUUUCCCCCUAAGUUGAAAAACAACUCUAAGACACUUUAAAGUACCUUCUUGGCCUGGGUUACAUGGUUCCCAGCCUAGGUUUCAGACUUUUGCUUAAGGCCAGUUUUAGAAACCCGUGAAUUCAGAAAAGUUAAUUCAGAAAUUUGAUAAACAGAAUUGUUAUUUAAAAACUAACUGGAAAGAUUAAGUUCUUUCUGAAUUAUUCAGAAAUUAUGCAUCAUUUUCCUUCAAGAAUGACAGGGUCAGCAUGUGGAAUUCCAAGAUACCUCUUGACUUCCUCUCAAGCUCCGUGUUUGGUCAGUGGAGGCCCAUCCGAGCUCAGCACUGAGAAGUGUUAGUUUCUGUGGGACCCAUCUUCCCUGACCACAUCAUGAUGUUCAUCUGCAGCUGUUGCAAGGUGUUCAGAUUGUAUAAACAUAAAUGUCACAAAAACUUUAAAAGAAGUGCAAUUCUCAAAAGGUUAGGUGAACUAAAGCAUUCUGUAAAGCAACUGCUAAUAAUGAGCUUACAGUGGAUUUGAAUUUGAAAAAUAUAGAAACAAGCCUGUCAAAUAUCUGCAAGAACUAUGGAAUAAAACUACUGAUGCAGUGAAGACAGUUGAAAAGAUCAAACAAAUGCCAAGCUAUAUUUAUAAUGAACAAAUUGAAGAAAAAGGACUACGGAAAGUUCAGGACAUCAAAGAAGUCAGGCAAAACUCAUCUUGACCCCUGUUGCAGGCAAAGGAAAGCAGCUGGAAGAAAAGAUGAUAUAACAGUUAACAGGAUGCAGACAUGGCAGAGGUUUCCUAAAAAUCUCAUUAUCUAUAACCAUUUCUAUAUUUACAUUUGAAAAUCUCCUUUGGAGACUUAGAACCUCUAAAUUAUUGACUUAUUUUUUAUAUAAGGUCACUCCGAUGAAAGGUGAUUACAAAAUCAUCUACAUUGCUGUCUACAAAACAUCAGAUAAUAUGGAUGUUUGAUUGCAUCUCAUUGUUAACUCUUUACUGAUAGAUAUGUUUGUAAAUACAGAAGUGAAAUGUGGACAUAAAAUAGUUACGCUAUUUGGUUAAUGGUACUAGACAACAUGUAAUUAAUGACAUUCAAAAAUUUAUGGCUAGUGAUAUAUAUAAAGUAAAAUUUUCUUUGCAGUAAAAUAUGCCCUUUAUUAUAGAAGGGAGGAUAUAAGGAACCAACAGUUUGUAUGAAAAUAGCUCAAAUAAUAUCUUUUAUUUUGAUUUUAAUAUUUCUUAUUUUGGUUUAUUAGUGUCUUAGAACAAAAUGGCCUUAUAUAAUGAAGCCUAGUUAUGCUGGACUGUUUUGAUCUCUUUUAAUUGUUCUGACAGAUAGUUGGGGAUGAGAGCCGAAUAAGGUUUGCCUGAAAUAACUGACACUAUAUAAUUUCUGCUUUGGCAAAUACUAAGUUCUAACUUGUCAUUCCUGGUAGAACAAGCUUUAUUUUUCGAGCCUAGCAAUGAUCUAGAAGCAGAUGUUAUCUCAGUGCCUUUUGCAAUUUGUUGUGUGGGUUUUUUUUUUUUAAAAAGCCACACAAUAAUUUUGGAAAACAAUGGGUAGAACAUGUGUCUGUUAAUUGCACACAAAACCACUUUUAAUGGGUACAGAGUUAAAUUUGGAGGAAUAAGUUCUAGCUGAAGUAUUAUGAACUCCAAAUAAUGCUUUGAGGACCUCCAAAGGUAAAAGUACUAAUCCCUUUGGCCAUUUAUUGAGAGAGAGAGAGAGAGAGAGAGAGAGAGAGCAGGGUGACUAUAGUUAAUGUAUUGAAUGUUCUUGCUACAAAUAAAUGAUAAAUGAGCUGAUGGGUGUGCUAAUUACACUGAUUUGAUCAAUACCCAUUGUAUGUGAAACAGUACAUACACCAUAUUUACAAUUAUGUAUCAGUUUAACAUUUAAAAUUUCUAAUAUAAGUAUCUCUCAAACUGUGGAUUAACUUCUUGAUUUAUAUUUAAAUAUGAAUCUUAAGCAAAACAGUGAAAAUAACCAUCUUGAUUUAGUGUUUUUCUCCCAUAUGUGAAUUGUAUAUACUUAGGUGAGGACAAUAAAAUCAACUGAACUGUAAGCUUAGAAUAGGACUGAGGUAAUUCUGCACAGCAGCUUUACUAAUGGUACAUUGUUGCUUCAAAACUCUCUCUCUCUCUCUGUCUGUCUCAAUAAAUGGCCAAAGGGAUUAGUAGUUUACCUGUGGAGGUCCUCCAAGCAUUAUUUGGAGUUGAUAAUACUUCAGCUACAACCAAGCAGAAUCUCUUUUUUUUUGGAGGUCCUCGAAGCAUUAUUUGGAGUUGAUAAUACUUCAGCUUCAAUUUGGAGUUGAUAAUAUUUCAGCUAGAACCUAGUAGAAUCUGUUUUUUUCUUCGGAGGUCCUCAAAGCAUUAUUUGGAGUUCAUAAUACUGAAGCUAGAACCAAGCAGAAUCUGUUUUUUUCUGAGGAGUAUCGGUAGCAUAAAUGUGAUUAUAAACAAAGUACACUUGAUAUAUGGAGGCAAUGACAGCUAUUUUUACAAAAUUUAAAUUUGCAAAUGGAUUCAACAUGUUUAUGGGUUAUUAAAAUUGUCUAAUUUCUUAGGUUCUUUAUAGUACACGUGUUGAAAAUAAAUGAUUAAGAAUUGUUUCAAGAAUGCAAUUAUUUGAUCUUAAAUUUUUAUGAGUUGUUAAAAUAGAAAUUAUUUGAAUAUCAUAUAUUUGGGUAACAAAAGGCACAAGUCUGAAUGUGUUUCUUUUUCUGGAAUGGCCAUGCCUGCCCACUUUAGAAAUACAAAUAUCACUGGGCAGCUUGAAGCAGUUGGGAGCCUCCAAUGAGAGCAACUUGAGAGAAUGAUGUUGCAAGUUAGUAGGAGUAAGAAAUGCUGUGUUCUCCCUGUCUUCACUUAGGUCACAUGGCAGCCUGGCCUAAGUGAUCGUGAAUGGCCUAUAAGGGAGGUAGCUGGGACAGGGAGGGGAGUUUGGGCUAGCCACCGUACCACUUGUCAGCAUGAAAAGUAAGAUUGUAAUUGCCUGUUUAGUUUUCUGCCUCAUCUUUGAAAGUUCCACCAAGCUGGGAACCUCUUGAUUGUGAUGCACAAAUGUAAGUACAUCAGAAAAAAAAACAAACUGGCUUUAAAGCAGGAGCUUGUGGGCCCCUAAGCCAGACGGGGACUAGCUUUUGGCAUUAUAUAAUUAAGAUUUUUUAAAUCCUUAAUAAGGGUUUUAUUUUAUUUUUAUUUAUGUUUUGAGACGGAGUCUUGCUCUGUGGCUCAGGCUGGAGUACAGUGGUGCAAUCUUGGCUCACUGCAACCUCCGCCUCCUGGCUGCGUUCAAGUGGUUCUGCUUCAGCCUCCCAAGUAGCUGGGGUUACAGGACCCUAUCACCACGCCCCGCUAAUUUUUGUAUUUCUAGCAGAGAUGAAGUUUCACUAUGUUGGCCAGGCUGGGCUCAAACUCCUGACCUCAAGUGGUCUGCCCGCCUUGGCCCCCCAAAGUGCUGUGAUUACAGGCGUGAGCCACCACGCCCAGCCUAAUAAGGGUUUUAAAGAUAAUUAGUGUGUAGGUCUGUAGGCUUGAUGGUAACCACAAGUUGUUAAUGGCAUUGUGAAGUUUUUAGUUGCGCUUUAUGGGUGGAUGCUGAAUUACAUUUUGAUUUGAUACUUAGAAAAAGUAUUUCUUCAGCUUAAAAAAUUGUUUAAAAGUUUGUGAUCAUAUUGUCUACCAUGUAGCCAGCUUUCAAUUAUAUGUAAGAGGGACUUUUUGACAUUUACAAAUAAUACUUUGAGGUAGAUAUCUGAAAGCACCAGCACAUGGAAGGUGUUCAGAAAUAACAAAUUAUAAAAUGAGCUAACAAACGAAAGGCAAAAUAAAACUGUAAAGCAAGCA